AUGAAUCCUGGAAAUGGCUCUUUGGUGACUGAAUUCAUUUUGGUAGGGUUAACAGACCAGCCAGAUCUCCAAAUGUCCCUGUUUUUACUAUUUCUAAUAAUGUAUGUGAUCACUCUGAUAGGAAAUUUGGGCUUGGUAACCCUAAUUGGGCUGAAUUCACACCUUCACCCCAUGUACUUUUUUCUCUUUAACUUGUCCUUCAUAGAUCUUUGUUAUUCUUCUGCAUUUACACCCAAAAUGCUAAUGAACUUCAUAUCAGAGAAGAAUGUUAUCUCCUACAAGGGGUGCAUGACCCAACUUUUCUUUUUCUGUUUCUUUGCCGUUUCUGAAUGUUAUGUGCUGACAUCAAUGGCCUGUGAUCGCUAUGUGGCCAUCUGUAACCCACUUCUAUAUAACAUUGCCAUGUCUCCUACAGUGCGCUCCAGCCUUAUGUUUGGUUCCUAUUUCCUGUCCUUUUCUGGGGCUAUGGCCCACACUGGAUGCAUGCUGAGACUGACCUUCUGUGAGGCAAACACCAUCAAUCACUACUUCUGUGACAUCCUCCCUCUGCUCCAGCUCUCCCGCACCAGCACCUCCAUCAAUGAGCUGGUGGUUUUCAUUGUGGUGGGCAUCAACAUCACUGUGCCCACUGUCACCAUCUUUAUCUCUUAUGGCUUUAUUUUUUCCAGCAUCCUUCAAAUCACUUCCACUGAGGGCAGGUCUAAAGCCUUCAGCACUUGCAGUUCCCACAUAAUUGCUGUUUCUCUGUUCUUUGGGUCAAGUGCAUUUGUGUAUUUCAAACCAUCUUCUGCUGGGUCAAUGGAUGAGGGAAAAAUCUCUUCUGUCUUUUAUACCAAUACAGUUCCUUUAAUGAACCCCUUAAUUUAUAGCUUAAGGAACGAAGACGUUCAACUUGCUUUGAGAAAAACCCUUAGCAGGAGAAAGUUUUGA